AUGACGGCUAUGUUUAGAUCCUCCAAUCUUUCGAGUUUGCCAAUACCCACUGGAAUUUCUCCUGUGAUUGAGUUCAUGGAGAUUACCAACCAUGUCAAGCCAAUUAAAUUCUUUAUUCCUUCAGGGAUGGAUCCUGAUAUCUGUUCCUGGAGGUUGCUGCAGUUAGUUAAAGAAGUUAAGAAGCUAAAUCUUGCUGCAGUUAGGCCAGAAAAAUUAGCCAAUAGAACAGAGCAUCUACAUGUUCCUAAUGUUGAAAUAAUUUUACCAUUCUAUGCAGUCGAGGCUGAUAUAGUCAGGAUUACAGGUCCAUCUGUAAAGCGAGUACGAGGUCCAAUUAGGGGUAAGAACAGUAGUAGACUCAUCAGCCAACAUGGUGGGAAGAAGCUUUUUGUUGGAGUUUCUAUUGAGAGGAGGACAUUUGUGGGGCUUAAUGCCACCAAGGCCGCUAACGAAUUGGGGGCACAAAUUCGAUUGCAAGCCCCAUUGCAAGGAACAAAAAAUUGGGAGGACGUUCCACCAGUCAUUCGAGCAGCUAUUGUACAAUCCUUGCGGGAUAAGUUUGAGAUUGAAGGAUAUGAUGAGAGUCCACUUCCACAAGAAAUCAUUGACACAAAGGCCACACAUUUGUUCAAAGGCUGGCGUUAUCAUAUGCAUGAACAUUACAAAGAGUUGGUGAAAGAAGGUACAGAUCCUUAUAGUAAACCAUUUGUUGGGGUGAGGGAAGAAGAUUGGCGAUACAUGAUUGAUGAAGUGUUUCUUGGUGACACACACAAGAAACGGUCAACAAGAAAUAUAGCCAACAGGAAAAAGUUACCCUAUAAUCACACCAUGGGUUCAAGGUCAUUUUCAGCAGCAAUCUCAAUUGAGGGAAUUGAAACUGGAAAGGAGCCUCACAUUGUAGAUUUUUUCAAGACCUCACAUUGGAGUAAAAAAAAAAAGAUUGGAUUGAACCAGUUUGUGCGGAGUUAUAUGUAA